AUGUACAGACAUUUAAAACCAGAAAAAAUUUAUAAACCGCAUGAUUAUGUUCCUUUACCACCACCGAAUUUUGAUAUAUUUCAUUAUAGAAGAGGUCGUAAAUAUAUUUCCGGAGUAAAUCAUUUAUUACCUGUUGACGAUAGUGAAUUUGAUAGAAUACAACAUCAACAUAAUAUUUAUUAUCAUGUUUGGAAGAAUCAUUUUUCUUCUCCUAUACGUGAAUUAUUAAAGACGGAAGGUACAAAAGUACUUGAUGUUGGUUGCGGUCCUGCAAUGUGGACAUUAGAAAUGGCGUCACUAUAUCCAAAAUCUAAAUUUACAGGCAUAGACGUUGCACCUAUAUAUCCUGUUGAAAUAAAACCCCUCAAUGUCGAAUUUCUUCAAGUAAAUAUAGUUAAACAUGGUUUACCUUAUGAUGAUAAUACAUUUGAUUACGUAUUUUCCAGAUUUAAGGGGUUUUCUUAUACUAUUAAAGAUUGGAAAUUUGUUAUUAGCGAAAUAUGUAGAGUAUGUAAAAUUGGUGGUUAUAUUGAAUUUAUGGAAAAAGAUGUUAAAUUUGAUAUUAAAAAUGAUUUUACGAAGAAAGAAUUAUCUCGGUUUGUAAGAAAUUUACGGAGAAAAAGUAUUGAACCAAUAAUUUCACCAAAAAUUGAACAAUAUAUCCGGGAAACAAAUAAUUUUCCGGUCAUACAUCAUGAAAAAAGAGAUGUUCCGACAGGAGAAUGGGGUGAUAAUGAGUAUGAUACGUAUAAAAUAGGUAAAAGUAAUAAUGAAAUUAUAAGAUGGGGUGCGGAAAAUAUAAAAAAUAUAAUGAUAGAAGAAUGUGAUUACGAUGAAAAGGAAUGGGAUUUAACCGUUGAUGAAUUUAUGAGAGAACUUGAUGAACAUCAUAUUUAUGAUAAUAUUCAUAGAAUUUUUGCUAAAAAAGAAACAGAAAGUAAGGAAGAAGUUUGUAAGCGUAAAUUUAAUUUCUCUUUACUACGAUCUUUAUUUUCUUGUUUCAAAAAACCAAAAAAAUUCAUCAAAAAAUAUAAUUAA